GCCGAGUCCGGGACGCGGCCCCUGCACCAGCCCCCGCCUGCAGAGCGGCCCUGGCCCUGGCCCCAGCCAUGGGCGAGUGGAGCUUCCUGAGCUCGCUGCUGGACGCGGUGCAGGAGCACUCGCCCAUGGUGGGCCGGUUCUGGCUGGUGGUGAUGCUGAUCUUCCGCAUCCUCAUCCUGGCCACGGUGGGCAGCGACGUCUUCGAGGACGAGCAGGAGGAGUUCGCCUGCAACACGCUGCAGCCGGGCUGCAAGCAGGUCUGCUACGACAAGGCCUUCCCCAUCUCCCACUACCGCUUCUGGGUCUUCCACAUCGUGGUGCUCUCGGCGCCCGCCCUGCUCUUCGUCAUGUACGCCAUGCACCAGAGCGGCAAGCUGCGCCAGGGCGAGGAGGGCGGCCCCGCGGGCCCACCCCGGCUGCAGCCCAGCCAGCGCACACACCACGUCCGCACCUUCUAUCUGGUCAACGUGGCCCUGCGCAUCCUGGCUGAGAGCAGCUUCCUGGUGGGGCAGUGGCUGCUGUACGGCUUCCACGUGGAGCCACGCUUCACCUGCCAGCGCUCGCCCUGCCCCCACUACGUGGACUGCUUCGUGUCCCGGCCCACCGAGAAAACCAUCUUCAUUCUCUUCUACUUCGCGGUGGGCGUGGUCUCCACCCUGCUCAGCCUGGUGGAGCUGGCCCACUUGCUGGCCAAGGACAGGUGCCAGGGGACAGUGGCCAACAGGCCCCCGGCCGCCUCCUACGAGCAGCAGGAAAACUGGUCCAACCAGGCACACGAGCAGUGCCAGCACUUCCUGCCCCAGGGCGAUGGGGGCACCAAGGGGGCAGCCUGCAGCAUCCCCAACCACUACGAGCCCUCGGCCCUGUUCCGGCCCCAAGCCCCCUCCAAGGGCAGCAAGGCCUCCCAGGCCGCAGGCAGGGCCGAUUUGGUUGUCUAGGGCUCUCGCUACUGCCCAGCUCCCAUCUGUGCCAGUCACUGGGCCCUCCGCUUAGCAGGGCCGUUGCGGCAAUACCAGUGACCUGAGUGGCGGGGCCCAUGGUCCGUACCAGCCCCGUGCAGCUUGGCAGAGAGCUGCCCUCCUGCCUUGGGCACAAAGCCCCUCAUGCCACAAGUGGGCAGGGGGCUGAACUGGCAGGAAAGGAGCCGGCCAGGCUACAAGGGGUGACGGCAUGACCCAGGGGUUUGAGCAUUGGGCUGGCACAUGGGAGAGCUGGGGGUCUCAUUCCGGCUGGUGUAGGCGACCAGACAAGGGGCAAUGAACAGGCCCAGCCCCUCUGCCUGCUGCUCAGCCGGGGGACGAGACUGUUCCUGAAGACAGGAAGCUGGGUGGGGCAGGCAGGGACGGGGGG